AUGCCAAAAAGGCUACCUCUCAGCUGUGAGAAUUGCCGACGGAGGAAAAUACGCUGCUUAGGGUCUUGUGUGCCAUGUGACACCUGCCGGAAGCGCGGAGUAGCGUCGUCAUGUCGGUUUAAGCGUGAUGUUGAACAUAAUCUUCAACCAGCACAAUCCGAGGCAAUCGCUCUCCAGGAAACUCUUCUUCGGCGAAUCUCAGAUCUAGAAAGUCUACUGGUGAAAAAUAUUGAGUUCACCUCGAUGUCCACAACUCAACAUAAUCGCAGUAUCCGCUCGCCCGUCCUCCAAAAUGAUACCCCUCUGACUGAGGAUGAGCUUUCUGCAAACCCGGCCUCGAUCAAUACCGACGGCCAAUUUUUCACCCGCAAUAUUACUACAUCUCAACGUGGUGAAGUCGGCAGUAUCAUUACGUCCCAAUCGGGCUAUGUGCGAUACGUUCCUUAUAGCACCUCUCGCGAUCCCGACGUCUUCCAUUCGCUUCAGAACCAAUCUCAAAUGGAAUUCCCGUCCCACGCCUUCUUCUGCUGCGAUACACCUCCCAGCAAACAGGCUCUUUUAGACAUGCUACCGCCGUUUCGGCACUGCGAUGAACUCAUCACCACGUUUCUCGACGUGUUUUCCCCGCUGUUCCACAUCCUUCAUGACGGGACCUUCCGAUCGAAUUAUACCAAGUUCAAACAGGAUCCUCGUAACGCUCCAGUGUCAUUUGUUGGUCUGCUAUUUGUGACCCUGGGGCUGGCUGUCACUGCUAUCGACAAAGAAAGUCCCAUUCUGUCAGAUUUGGGCCGAGAGGCUUCCCCUGCGGAAAGUGCAAGGUCUUUGGCAGCAAAAUACCGACAAGCGACGAUGAAGUGCCUCGCUGCCGAUAACUUUAUGUGGCAACACAACUUGCAAACCCUACAAUGCCUAAUUCUGCUUAUAUACGCCAUUAAUCACGCCCAAGGUCCAGCCUGGGCUCUCCUUGGAACAACACUUAAUAUUGCCAUCGCCAUUGGGUGUCACAUUGAUCCGGGGCUUCUGAGCCUGAAUCCCAUUGAAGUCCAAGAGAGGCGACGAGCCUGGGCAGGGUUAACAAUGCUUUAUACCAUUCAGAAUACCUGUUUGGGUAAUCUAGCCCCAUUUAAUAUCGAGAACAAUGUCCAACUACCGGCGGACGUGGAAGACGAGGAGAUUGUUGCAGAUUCACUCCCUACAGCCUUAAAUGGGAUCCAACACUCAUCAAGACGGAUGCAUCCCACAAAGAUGUCGUAUAUCCUGUUCAAGUUCCGCCUCUAUUCUCUGGCUUCGGGUGUAUGCGCUCUGAGUGCAGGGAAAUCCGAGUGCUCACCGGCCAAGAUCCAGGCAUUGGAUCACGAAAUUGAACUGGAAUUGCAAGCGCAGGCAGAGCGCUUUUCGGAUCAACUGGAUCUCCCUCCAUAUCAUCAGGCACAUUCGUUUAUUUUGAGUAACUACACCAAUCACCUUGUUCUGCUCCUGCAUCGAAUCUGCCUCUUAAAACCGGAGGGGUUCGAAGACGGGAGCGUGACAGGUAGUUACGAAAAAUGCGAACAGGCAGCUCUUGCAAUCCUCUCAAACUAUGAAACCCUCAAUCUGCGCAGCGAAUUCAGCCCUUACAAGUGGUAUAUUUAUGGCCUAGGUUCGUUUCAUGCUUUUUUAGCAAUAUCAACUCUGCUGGUUCUGUUUGGAAAGGCCCGGACUACACAAAAUUCAAAGCACCUUAUAUUGCAAGCAGUGCAAAAUUGCUUUCAACGACUGCACGAAAACGUUCCGUUCAGCGAGAUAUGUCAACGAGCUUGUUCGAUACUGGACUCAUUAACGCCAGGAGAACCUUACCAGCCUACCCCAUCCCUUGUAUUCUCUGAUGGCGUGUGUAACUUGGAGAGCACAGCCGGUUUUGGAUACAACGAGCCUCCGACAAUGGAUACCACGACUUCAUCCGACAGUUUCGACCCGAGUUUCUGGGCAUUGCCAGAAAGUUUCGAGGAGAUUGUGACCAAUAUACCCUGCGAGCAAUGGCUUUCUCCGGCAGUAUUUCCGUGGGCAGGCUUUGGAUACAACAUACCAUAA